AUGGUAGCGUUAUUGUUAAUUGGUACCUUGAACAGCAACCUCUUCUGUGGAUCACGGUUCAUGCAUGCAGCUGCACGUGAAGGUCAUCUACCAACAUGUAUGAGCUGCCGUCAUGAGGCGUCAAACAGCCCCCGAGCGGCACUACUGGGCCAGGCGAUCUGCACAUUUGCCAUGUCAUUUGUCGAUAUUGAUACGUUGAUCAACUAUGUGACAUUUGUAAUGUGGUCGCAGAAAGUGGUUACGGUAGCUGCAUUACUCUACAUCCGCUACAACAAAAUACCCGUUUCUGAAAGUAACAUUUACUGGUGUAGCGGUGGUUGCCAGCGGUUUGGUAGUGUUCUACGCGUUGGUGAAACCAAAGGAGGCUCCGAGAACACUUCAAGUACUUGA